AUGUCUGUAGUUGAAAAUUUCUCUCUGGAACGAAAGCCCAAAAGGCAAAACAUCGACCCAGAGAUCGACAACGAGCUCUCUUCCUCGUCGUCUUCUUCUUCUAGAAGCUGUCGUCACUGGUGCGUUCGUCACGGAGUCUGCGCCGCCUGCAAUUCAAUGGUUGAGGAUCACCACGGCCUAACCUUCAAUUAUAUCUCCGAAGGUUUACAGCUGAGCCACGACGCCGUAGCGUUAACUAAACGCCUACUAACAAAAUUAUCUUGUCUUUACGAGAAGAAACUACACUUGGUCCUUGACUUGGACCACACGCUCCUCCACACCACUAGGGUUCCACGUCUCACCGAAGCAGAGAAGUAUCUCAUCGAAGAAGCGGGUUCAAAGACAAGGUUGGAUCUACGGAAGGUGAAAGCCCCGAACGAUACAGUGGAAUGCUUGACAAAGCUACGGCCUUUUGUUCACGGUUUCUUGAAAGAAGCCAGCGAGAUGUUCACGAUGUAUGUUUACACAAAGGGUAAUCGCCAAUACGCUAACUUCGUUUUGGAGAUGAUUGAUCCCAAGAGAAUCUAUUUCCGGGAAAGAGUGAUAACAAGAGAGGAUAGUCCUGAUAAGAAGACGCUUGAUCUGGUUUUGGCUGAUGAGCGUGGAGUGGUGAUUGUGGAUGAUACUCGUGAUGUUUGGACCCAUCACAAGAGUAACUUAGUGGAGAUUAGCAAAUACAAGUAUUUCAGAACGAACAGACAACAUUUCAAGGCUUACUCUGAGGAGAAGACAGACGAGAGUGAAAGCGACGGUGGAUUGGCCAAUGUGUUGAAGCUACUCAGGGAAGUUCACAGUGGGUUCUUCCGUGUCGAAGAAGAGUUGGAGUCACAGGACGUUAGGUUGCUGCUACAAAAAGUUGACUUCAAACUUGUAAACAAAGAAUCUGUUACUCUGUAG